AUGUCGCAGAACAAGAAGGCUGCUCAAGUGGCCAGGAAAGAGGUGUCGAACGAUGCUGAGGAGGCACAGAGCUUGCUGUCUGGUUCUGCCGAUUCUGAAGACUCGGAGCUGGUCGUGGUAGCCAAGGCAGACUCGAAGAGCCCCAGCAGGCGUCCCAGUCCGCUUGUGCAAACUCAGAGAAGGCAGAGCUCGCUGGCUCAGCCCAGGCCGGAUGGAACUCCCCGCACGCCGAAUCGAGUGCAAUUCGACGACUCGCCAACCGUUCGAACCUUGUCACCCAGGCAGAGUUUACAAAGCAAUGCGUCGCAAGCAUGGAUGGACGAGCAAGACUACAUGGGCCAUGAUGCCGCUGGAAGAGUGCAGAGGAGGCCCUUGCUCGAGGGCAUUGAGGCUCCCUCGGUCACUGUCGCUAGCGACUUGAACCUAGAUGAUUUGCUGGAGAACGCGAGACCAAAGAGUGGUAUGAGAUCCGCAUUUAUGAAUAUGGCGAAUAGCAUCAUCGGUGCAGGCAUAAUCGGCCAGCCGUAUGCCUUGCGGCAGGCUGGCAUGUUCGCCGGCAUUUUCCUUUUAGUCGUACUCACCGUGAUCGUCGACUGGACUAUUCAGCUCAUUGUCAUCAAUUCCAAGCUGAGCGGCGCCAACUCAUUUCAAACAACAGUCCAACACUGCUACGGUCGCCCCGGAUUGAUCGCCAUUUCUCUGGCGCAAUGGGCCUUUGCGUUCGGAGGAAUGCUAGCGUUUUGCAUCAUCAUUGGCGACACUAUCCCGAAUGUUUUGCGGGGUUUUUUCCCUCAGCUGGAGGAAAUGCCCUUUCUAUGGCUGCUGACAGAUCGUCGCGCCGUCAUCGUUCUCUUUGUGCUGGGAAUAUCAUAUCCCCUAUCCCUCUAUAGAGAUAUUGCAAAGCUGGCGAAGGCGUCCGCUCUCGCCCUUGUCAGCAUGCUUGUAAUUCUAAUCACAAUCAUCACCCAAGGAUAUAGAGUACCACCAGAGUCGAGAGGUCAGCUUAAGGGAUCGCUGCUCAUUAAUUCCGGACUAUUUCAAGCGAUAGGUGUCAUAUCUUUUGCAUUCGUUUGUCACCAUAAUAGCCUGUUGAUUUACGGGUCGUUAAAGAAGCCAACGCUAGAUCGCUUUGCAAAGGUUACACACUUUUCGACAGGAGUCAGCAUGUUGGCUUGCCUUAUCAUGGCAAUGGCCGGUUUCCUGACCUUCGGCAGCAAGACAUUAGGCAAUGUAUUGAACAAUUUUCCCAGGGAUAACAUCAUGGUUAACAUUGCGCGUCUUUGCUUUGGAUUGAACAUGCUAACGACCUUGCCACUCGAGUGUUUUGUCUGCCGAGAGGUUAUGAUGAAUUACUGGUUUCCUGAAGAACCUUUUGACUACGCGAAGCACAUGAUCUUCACGACUUCACUCGUUGUAACAGCAAUGACGCUGUCUUUGUUUACCUGUGACCUGGGUGGCGUUUUUGAGCUCAUUGGCGCGACAAGUGCAUGUGCUCUGGCAUACAUAUUACCGCCUCUGUGUUAUAUUAAACUUUCAAGUAGGAGCUGGAAAACUGGUCUCGCAUUUGUAUGCGUUGGAUUUGGUUUUAUUGUCAUGGGGAUUACAGUGUUUCAAGCGCUCGUAAAGAUAAUUCGUGGAGACGGGGAGGUAAAGACGUGUAGCUGA